GGUGUAGAAAUGGAUAGAAAAAAUGAAAAGAGUGAAGCUAAAGGCAAAGGAGGGAAUAAACCUCCUCAGUCCGACAAACCAGAGGGCUUAGAAGUAGAAAGAACAGUAAAUUUCCAGCUCCUGCCCAAGAUGGUAAAGAGAAGAGUCUAUGCCCUGAAGAGGCUCCAGCUCCAGAGCGCCAACAUCGAGGCCAAGUUCUAUGAAGAAGUCCAUGAGCUGGAGAGGAAGUACGCUGGCCUCUACCAGCCCAUCUUUGACAAGAGACGAGACAUUGUGGCCAGCACCAUUGAACCCACAGAUGAGGAAUGCGAAUGGCAAAGUGACAGGGAGGAAGAGGAGCUCGCUGAAGAUUUGCAGAAGAAAGCUGCUUUGGAGGAGAAGCAGGCAGAUUUAGCUGGGGCCGAUGAUCCGAAAGGAGUCCCGGAGUUCUGGCUCACCAUCUUCAAACGUGUGGAUAUGCUGGGAGAAAUGCUGCAGGAUCAUGAUGAGCCGAUCCUGAAGCACCUGCAGGACAUCACUGUGAAGUUUUCGGAGCCUGGACAGCCGAUGAGUUUCACAUUAGAGUUCCACUUCGAGCCCAACAGCUACUUCAGUAACUCGGUCCUCACUAAAGUUUACAAGAUGAAGUCAGAGCCGGACGCAGAGGAUCCGUUCUCAUUCGAGGGGCCGGAGAUCAUCGACUGUGAAGGUUGUAAGAUUGACUGGCAAAAAGGCAAAGAUGUGACAGUCAAAAUCGUUAAGAAGAAGCAGAAACACAAAGGCACAGGGACGGUUCGGAUGGUCAUUAAAGAGCUUCCACAGGACUCAUUCUUCAACUUCUUCAGUCCGGUUAAAGUGUCGGCUGAUGGGAUGGAUGAAGAUUUGGAGUGCACUCUAGCUACAGAUUUUGAGAUCGGACACUUCUUCCGAGAGCGGGUCAUUCCCAGAGCUGUGCUUUAUUUCACAGGAGAGGCCUUAGACGACGACGACGAGAGUUAUGAAGAGGAGGAUCUUGAAGAGGAAGAGGAGGACUUGGAUGAGGAAGGUGAAGAAGAGGAUGAGGGAGAUUAUGAUCCCACGAAAGACCCUCCUCCUGCAGAGUGCAAACAGCAGUAAGACUGGUGAACAGAUAGCCACGGCACAACUCGGCUGUCUGUCAUACAAUAUGACGAUUUGGACAUAGGCCUAAUUUCCUCAUGGACUCGCCACACUAAUGCAAUAGGAAACCAAACGCUGUUUAGGAAAUGCAUGUUUGUUUGUUUGUUUGUUUAUUUCGCUACUGUUUACUUUAACAGGGAUGACCUCAGUAUUCUCAUUCAUAAGUCAUGUGAUUUCGCACUCCAUAACUGAACCUGCAACAUGUAUAAAGACUUAUGUUUUUCUUUUAUUUUUAGUUUGCCUAGAGCUGGUGUGUAAGAGGGUCUAGCAAAGAUGCCAUGUGUGUUUUGAAUUCUUAAAGUCCAUAUGCAGCCAUGGCCAUUUUUGCAACAUAGCAGGAUUUUGGACACUCGUCAUGAUAUGAACUCCAGGCGUCGUCCAGUGUAGCAUCACUCAGGGUUUGCUUUGCCAACAAAAUGAACCUGCUGUCUUCAUGAAUCUGAAAUAACUUACAUUUCCGAUUUAGCGGUUACAAUGUAGUUACGAAAGUGUUUUCAUUUAAGUCAAUGGUAGCCGAACGAUGUGGGUUGUGGUCUAAGAAUACUUCUGAUUUGUCUCCAGGGUUGGGCGUCAUCGAAUUUCCCAUCUUUGAGCGACGUAAUGCAUAUCCAUGCUAUGCACUUUGACAUGGAAUUUCAACAGUAUUUUAUUUGGCCAUGUGGUUAUGUGUCAAAUUGCUUGCAGUCAUGCACAGAAUUGCGUCUGUUAGAGUAUCGGGAAUGUUACCAAGUAGAUCUUAAAGAAAUUGCAGGUUUACUCUCCAUUUGAACUGUGUGCGAGCCAUAGCCUUAUAUGGAACUUCUUUGGUUUGUAAUGAAGCAUUGUUUCAAUUUUGUACAAACUAGACAAAAAAAUUCUAUUAAAUGUUUUGUGACAUGA